AUGGAGGUGUCAGAAGCUCUGGAUACACUCCAGGCAGAGGUCACCUGCCCUGUCUGCCUGUUCUACCUGCAGGAGCCUGUCACCAUCAACUGUGGGCACAAUUUCUGUAACUCUUGUAUCCGAGUGUUAUGGCAGCAUCGAGAGGACACAUUACUUUGCCCCGUUUGCCGUCACCCACAUGAGGAGAAUUCCUUCAAUGCCAACCCCCAAUUGGGAAGGCUGGUUGACCUGGUUAGGCUCCUUCGCCGAUCCAGGAAUGAGGAGGUAAAUCAGGAAGAGGUUCAUUUGUGUGAAAGGCAUGAUCUGGUCCUGACUUUCUUCUGUGAAAAAGAUCAAGAGCUGCUAUGUUCCAUGUGCGCCCUUACCAGUGCCCACAAUAACCAUUAUGUGAGACCAAUAGGGGAGGCUGCCUCUCAUCACAGGCAAAGGCUCAGCUUCUUAAUGCAGACCAUAAAGAAGCUGAUGGCAGAAGGUCAGACACUACUACGUAACCAAGACAGAAAACUACAGGAACUGAAAGAACAGAUGGAAAAGCAGAAAAGUCAAUUAGCCUCUGAAUUUGAGUUCCUGGAACAACUUGUAAAACGUGAGCAAUUGGAAACUUUCUCCAGAUUGGAUGAAGAAGAUAAAGUUUUUCAACAGAAAUGCAAAGCCAAUCUCACUGAAAUUUCUCAUCACAUUCUCACACUUAAAAAGUUACGGGAGGAGUUGGCAGAGAAGAGUGUGAUGUCCAAUGGGGAUAUGUUGAGGGAGGUCAAGAGUCUCCAGUAUAGGUGUGAAAACCUGGAGUGCCCAUCUGUGUGGUCCAUUCCAUUCAAGAAGAAAGGCUACAGUCUUCCUCCAUUGUACUCAGAGCUGGAGAACAUCAUCCACAAAUUCCAAAAAGAAGUGAUUUUGGAUCCUCAAACAGCACAUCCCAGUCUGUUCAUAUCCGAGGAUAAAAAGACUGUUAACUACAUGAGGAAAAGAUCAAAAGAUGAGGGGAAAUUGAGAGAACUUGAUGAUAUAGUUGUUCUGGGCUCUAAAGGAUACAGUUUUGGCCGCCAUUACUGGGAGGUGCAGGUGGGCGACAAGCCUGAAUGGGCUGUGGGUGUGUGCAUAGACCCCACUUGCAGCAAGGGACAGCAGUCACUAUCAGGUCAGAAAAAAUGCUGGACUCUCGGACUCCAAGGUGGGAACUACCAGGUUAUGGGCUCUGUUCCUAUCUUUAUUUCUUUGAAGGAUAAACCCACAGGGAUUGGCAUUUACCUGGAUUAUGAACUAGGACAGGUUUCCUUUUAUAAUGUCAGUGAUAGGUCUCACAUAUAUUCUUUAAUGGAGACGUUUUCUGAUGUCCUAAAGCCCUACUUCCGUGUGGGCCAGGAUAUCGCCCCUCUUACAGUGCAGUAA